AUGUCACACCCAAAUUACCCACCACAAGGCUACCCACCACAACAAGGAUACCCACCACAACAAGGCUAUCCACCACAACAAGGUUAUCCACCACAACAAGGUUACCCACCACAACAAGGUUAUCCACCACAACAAGGCUAUCCACCACAACAAGGUUACCCACCACAACAAGGUUAUCCACCACAACAAGGCUAUCCACCACAACAAGGUUAUCCACCACAAGGUUACCCACCACAACAAGGUUAUCCACAACAACCAGUUGUUGGUAUUCCACUUGCAGGUUAUGUUGAUGGUUAUUACUAUGGUGGUAUUUCUCAUGAUGCUCGUCAUGAUGCUGAAAUCUUAAGAAAAGCCAUGAAAGGUAUUGGUACAAAUGAAUCUGAUCUUAUCAAAGUUCUUGCUAACAGAUGUUGGGCCGAACGUGAACAAAUUAAAAGAGAAUUCUCUGCUAAAUACAGCAAAGAUUUAAUCCAUGAAGUUAAAUCAGAAGUUUCAGGUAACUUUGAAAAAUGUUUAGUUGCUCUUUUAACUGAACCAUGUGCUUAUGAUGUUGAACUUCUUCAUAAUGCCAUGCAAGGUGCUGGUACAAAUGAAAAUUGUUUAAUUGAAAUUUUAGUCACUCGUUCAAAUGCUCAAAAAGAAGCAAUCAAAAGAUUAUAUCAUUCAAAACAUGGUAAAUCAUUAAAGAAUCGUAUGGAAUCUGAAGCUUCUGGCGACUUUAAACGUUUCCUCGAACAUAUUAUCGAACCAAGAGAUGAAAACCCAGCUGUCAAUCCAGGUCUCGUUGCCACCGAUGCUGAGGUUUUAUACAAAGCUGGUGAAGGUAAAAUUGGUACUGAUGAAAAGACUUUCAUUAAAAUCCUUUGUGAACGUUCAUUACCACAUAUUGCCGCUGUUUCUCACGAAUACGUCAAACACCACAAGAAACACACUCUCAUCAAAGCCAUCGACUCUGAAUUUAGUGGUUCAAUUAAAACUGCUCUUUUAGCCAUUGUAAACUAUGCUCUUAAUCCAUUCGGUUACUUUGCUGAUAUCCUCAAGAACUCAACUAAAGGUGCUGGUACAAAUGAUAAUAAACUUAUUCGUACUAUUGUUACCCAAAUGCAUAAUAUGCCACAAAUUAAAGUUGCUUACAGUAACUUAUUCAAAAACUCACUCACCCACGAUAUUUCAAAUGAUACUUCAGGUGAUUACAAAAAACUUUUAUUAGAUAUCUGUAAUUAAAAAAAAUAAAAAUUUUUUUAUUGUUGUAAAAUAUAAUAAAAUAAAAUAAAAUAAAAUAAAAUAAAAUAAUGUUAAAUU